GAUCAACUUGAUUUUUUUAAAUUCUUGUUGAUGUUUUUAUUUUUGUCUCUUACCUUUAAUUGUUAAUUGUGUUUAUAUUUUCAGUUAAUUAACAUUUUUCUAUCAAACUAAUGAUCGAUAACCAUGUCUACAUCUAUAAGUAGCUUUUCUGAAAAAACAAAUUUGUCAAAUUUAUAUAAAAAUGAUGACAAAAAUGAAAAUGGAAAUCGCUUGAGUAACUAUCGUAAAUCUUUGUACGAGGAUUCAGAAGAUAUUCAAGAUGAUAAACCAAUUCAACUUUCUAGCAAAUUAAAACAUGGUAAACUUGGUGGUUACCUUAAUUAUAUGAGUCCACAUGACAUGUUAAACUCAGUCCAAGAACAAUAUAUUAAAUUACAUGAGCAAGACUUAGACGCUAAGAAAGUGAUAAAAGCAGGAUUUGAAAAGGACAAUUUACCAAUCAAGAAGAGGAUUAAAACAAAAGGCAAAGGAUGGUUUGAUUUUCCCGAAAAUGAAUCAAAAGAAGUUGAAAAAGAUUAUCUUGUUAUUCAGAUGAGAAAUGCUAUUGAUCCAAAGCGUUUCUACAAAAAGUCCGAACACAAAUCUAAAGCUAUUCCCAAGUUCGUUCAAGUUGGUACUGUGGUUACCGAUGCUCACGAUUUCUAUGAUAGAGCCACAAAAGCGGAAAGAAAACCAACCUUGGUCGAGGAAUUGUUAGCAAAUGUCGAAAGUAAAAAGAAGAUAAAGAAAAGAUUCCGAGCCGUUAAGCCGAUGAUCGCAAAGAAGAGAGUGAAAGAAGAAAUAAACAAAAAACACCAACAAAUUAAAAUGAACAAAAGGAAACACACCAAAGGUCGGAAGUAAUUAGUGAACAAUUUAAUUUAAUUCUUUAAAGUUCCAUUAAACGUUUAAUUAAUCAAAUGAACAAGAUUCACUUGAUUUCAACCAAAUCCAGUA